AUAAACAGAGUAAAUAAACCGGUUAUCGCAUCAAUUCAACACGAUAAUAUCGGAACGAUCAACGAAAGUUAGAGGCGCUGGAGCGUUAGUCUAAAUAGCUGCGUUUAUCAGUUGUACGAAAACACUUACUCAGAGAUGUCUAACUUGUUUGGAACAUUGUUAUUCUGUUGUUCGCUCGUAGCAGUCGCAAUCAGCGCCGUCCAGCUGUCCUACGAAGACUACAAAGUGUAUCAUGUUCAACCGACUACACGUGCCCAAUUGGAACUACUGGAAGAAAUCAACGAAUUCAACCAGGAAAUUGAUUUUUGGAGUGUGCCUAACCUUGACCAUGAAUCAUCGGUGAUGGUUGGCCCAGACACCGAUGAGUCCUUCGUAGCGCUCUUGAAGCUAAACAAUAUUACGCACCGACUGUUGAAUAAUGAUGUUCAGCAAUUGAUCAAUGAGGAACGUGCAAAUCAGCACGCGAAAUUGCGUACGCGACGUGAUGCGAGCGGUGGCAAAAAAGCAACAGAGUUCCAUCACUUUUGGACUCUCAAAGAGAUCUACGAGUACUUGGAUCAACUGGCGGUGACGUACCCGGAUCUGGUGCGGGUGACAAGUUAUGGUACAACUCAUGAAGGUCGCCCGAUAAAGGUUAUCACAAUUUCGACGAAGGGCGACGUUAGUCUGCUGCGGCCAAUUGUGUUGAUCGACGGAGGAAUACAUGCCCGUGAGUGGGCGGGUCAUAUGUCGGUGGUUUACUUGAUUCGUCAGUUGGUGGAACAUUCGGCCGAAAAUAUGGAUCUUUUGGAGAAUACCGAUUGGGUGAUAAUGCCAGUCGCUAACCCGGAUGGGUAUGUCUAUACCCACACAACUAACCGAUUGUGGCGCAAAAAUAGAGCUCCUGUGAACACACUUUGCCAAGGUGUCGAUUUGAAUAGAAAUUUUCCGUUUCGUUGGGCGUACUACGGUGGGGAAUGCAGCAUUGGAUACGCAGGUGCUACGCCUGCCUCCGAGCUGGAAACGCGCGCUAUUAUGCUUCUAAUGGCAAAGUAUGCUAGAGCUACUGCUGUUUACCUGGCAGUGCACACAUGUGGAGAUUACAUACUCUAUCCGUACGGAUAUGACUACGUGGUAGUACCGAAUGCUGACCAGCUGCAAGAACUUGGUGAGAAAGCAGCACGUGCCGUGGUAGCGAUCGGUGGACCCACGUAUCAAGUAGGAAGCGCGGCGUUUUUGCUCUACCCCGCUAACGGUAGUGACGAUUUUAUAUACGGAAGUUUCGGGGUGAACCACACAUAUACGCUAGAACUGUCCUGCGGUGCAGAUGGUGGUGGGUUCAUAGUCAAUUCAACCGAGAUGCAGACGAUUGCGAGGGAAGCGUUCGAAAUGUUUAAAACAUUUGGAGUGUUUGCCGGUGAGCAGGCUGUUACUCCGUUAUCAAGCGAAUAGUUUCCGUGUCUCAAAUAAAACUUUUCAUUAGAAUAAUCCUUAUCAGAAUCGAAUUGGUCAAUAAAAUGUGAAAAUACGAA